CUGCCAAUGUGGCAAGCAUGAUUUCUAUGCCCGGCGCCCUUGAAAUUUUUCAAUCGCAAUUGCGGACAUGGUGUUUCACUCCUUACCGGCUUCGUCUCCACCAGGCCGAUACUGUAAACCGUCCCCAGCAUAGACCAGCCGCGCGUCGAUUCGGAUUAUAUCAUACUAGGUGUUGAAAUCCGAAUCUUCUAUCGAAGUGGAAUUCUAUCCUUGAAUAUCGCCUCCGGUUUAGUCGAGACAUCAGGAAUUCUAACUACCGCCAGGCCAUAGGGCCUACACGCACAUACACAUACACACAUACACACAUACACAAAAGACGGACAAGACAGAAAAGACAGCAUGACAUCCGUUAGCAACACAUACGCGCAGAGGCUUACCACCGGGAUCGUGGUAACAUGUCUUGCGUUGUCAGUGAUUUCCUUCGGCCUUCGAAUAUAUGCGAGAAAAGUGUCGGCGGCAAAUCUUUGGUGGGAUGAUUAUUGGAUGUCGUUGCCUAUGCUUAUAUGUAUAGCUAUGAGUACGAAUGACUUCGUCGGGCUCGUGUACGGAUCUGGCCAGCACCAAGCGGAUUUAGACAACCAGACUGUGCAAAGUUUCAUGAAGAAUCUCUAUCUCUAUGAGAUAUUCUGGUCGAUUGGAGUCUUCAGUGUUAAGGUCGGCAUCCUCAUUUUCUACUGGAGAGUCUUCCACACGAGAGCGUUUCGCGUAUCGGCAAUUGCAGUUGGGACAUUUUCCCUUAUGAUCUUUCUAGUCAACUUCUUCACCUUUGUUUUUCAAUGCACUCCGAUCAAGAGCUUCUGGGAGGGAAACCUAGAAGACUGCAUCGACCGGAACGCAUUCUACUUGGCGUCCGCCAUCAUUAACGUCGCCGGUGAUAUUGCCGUGUUAACCCUACCAUUGCCCGUCGUUUGGCGUCUACACACCUCCAGGAGCAAGAAAUGGUCGCUAAGCUUUCUAUUCCUUCUCGGUGCCUUCGUAUGCAUUGCAAGCAUCUUUCGCAUUGUUGGAGUUUACGAAAUCGAUCCAGCCGACUUUACUUUUAGCAACCUCGCCGGAGGUCUUUGGAGUACCGUCGAGGUUGAAAUAGGGUUCAUAUGUGCGAAUCUUCCGGCUAUCCGACCCGUCGUCUUCAAGUGGUUCGGACUUGGUAGCUCGGCGCCUGGAUACGCAUCUGGCAGCGCCGGUCCGAGACAAUACGGCAUCUCUAGCAAGGGAGCAACCAGAUCUGGCCAUGUCAUCCUUCGAAGUAGGAACCAAGAGUCGGACGUGCUCGAUUCAGACACGGAAGCGCUUACUAACACUAGAGGGACGAACGGUGACGCGCAGCAAGGCCAAGCCUUUGGACUAGCCGAGAUCGUCGUUCAAACGGAUAUCGGUGUCUCGAUAGACUCCAAGCAGUCCCAAUCCCAUGAUGAAGAACCGAAUCACUUUGUUCGGAUAACAGCACCACGUUCAGGUACGGUUGAUUUACCGGGGACCGGAAAAGAUUAUUAUAAUUAGGGCUGGAUUUACCAAAUACAUACAUAGGUACCCAGGUAACAUCAAGAUACGAACAUGUUCUUUUUCAUGCACAUACAACCAUAGCUUAAUAAUAUCAAAU